AUGAUGAAAAAACACAGAGAAGAGGAAGAAUUGCAUAUGUUCUUCAUGGGCUUGGGAAAGGCGUAUGAUAGAAUGCCUAGGCAAGAAGCAUGGAGGUGCAUGAGGGGAAAGGGGGUAGCAGAAAAGUAUGUGAGAUUAGUCCAGGAUGUUUAUGAAGGGGCAAAAACGAGAGUAAGAGGCAGUGUGGGAGUCAGAGGUUGGAUAACCGUAAGACUGGGAUUACACCAGGGUUUUUCCUUAAACCCAUACCUUAUCAAUCUUAUUAUGGAGGUUCUUUCUGAGGAUGUAAAAGAUCGGGCGACGUGGUGUAUGCUGCUUGUAAACGACAUAGUUAUCUGCUCUAACAACAGAGGAGAGAUCGAAAGGAAACUAGAGUACUGGAGAAGGGAUUUGGAAGACAGAGGAUUAAAAGUCAGAAAAGAAGACAGAAUAUUUAAGUUUCUAUGA